GGAAUGUUUUGCGAAAGGACCAAUCGCAGCGCAGGCGGAAGUGCUGCCUGGUUGGCCAAGACAAAGGGGCAUUUCCGUCGCUUCCAGGAAUCAUGGCGGAUGAAGAAGAAGACCCUCCUUUUGAAGAAGAUACUGAAGAGGCUGGAGGAGGCCCAGAUGGUGGACAAGGGAAAAGGAAGAGACUUUUUUCUAAAGAAUUGAGAUGUAUGAUGUAUGGAUUUGGAGAUGACCAGAACCCAUACACAGAGUCAGUGGAUAUUCUUGAAGACCUAGUCAUAGAAUUCAUCACAGAAAUGACCCAUAAGGCAAUGUCUAUUGGACGGCAGGGUCGAGUACAAGUUGAAGAUAUCGUAUUCUUAAUCCGUAAAGACCCACGGAAGUUUGCUCGUGUGAAAGACUUGCUAACAAUGAAUGAAGAACUGAAACGGGCCAGAAAGGCAUUUGACGAAGCAAACUAUGGAUCUUGAAGCUUUAUGCAGGAUGGUGUUUGCAAGAAGACAAACCUUAAUUGCCUGACUUAUCCUUUUCUUUGAAGCCAGCAUGUAUAUUCAUUUUGGAUUAUGAUUUUUUAGUAUGGUCUUCAAAACUGCAGGUGUCCUCAGAUGUUUCCCACUAUCAUGCUAUUUAUUACAAAUGACUUUUUAAAACAAAUGUUUGGUUUUGGUUUUUUGUAUGUGUGCUUUUUUGUAGCAUAAGUAACCAGAACAUCAAAGCAUGAAAAAACCCAAUUUUUUCAACUUCAUUUGUUCAAAACGUUAAUAGAAUAUUUUAUUAUUCAGAACCCCAAUUUUAUAUAACACAUCAUGAAUAAAAGUAUUAUAAACCUA